AUGGCGCAAAUCAAGAGAAAGGGCCACGGCCAGGACGAGUCAGCGGCGGCGGCGCCGAAGAAGAAGGCCAAGGUUGCCGUGGAGGAAUCCAAUGGCGCCUCGAAGUUGAAGAAGACGAAGCCUGCGAAGGAGCACAAAGAGCAGGAUGAGCCUGCUAGAGGAGCCAAAAAUGAUAUGAAUACUGCUCUGAAAGCUGCGCCGAUCUCCAUGCUACGAGAUGAACAGCCUGCCUUUCCCCGAGGCGGUAACAGUGUGCUCACUCCCCUCGAACGGAAGCAGAUCCAGAUCCAAGCGACCAAGGACGUGCUCUUUGAGCAGAAGGGGAAUAAUGGCGCGGGUUUUGCCAAUAGCGACGAUGAAGGAAGCAUACACCAAGCUGAGGAUAAGAAGGAUACUCGUACCAAGUCAAAGAAAAGAAAGACCAAAGGAACGAAGACCAAGGACGAGCCAGCGGCAGCUACCAAGCAGGGAGUUAAGAUUGAAUCGCUCACCUACAAGCGUAUUGUGGUCGGUUCCAAAAUUCUCGGUCAGGUUUCAAGCAUUGGCAUCCACGAUAUCUCUCUUGCGCUACCUAACAACCUGACGGGUUUUAUUCCUUGGGCUGCGGUCUCAAAGUCAUUAACACGAAAAGUCGAAGCUUUGCUAGGAGACGAUAAGAGUGACGAUGAAGACGAAGACGACGACGACGACUUUGAAUUGAAGGAUUUUGUCAAGGUUGGGCAGUAUUUGCGUGCAUCAGUUACUGCAACAACUCGUAACGAGGACGACAAGAAGGUCAAAACGAAAAAGCACCUUGAGCUAUCCGUGGAACCUCAUGUCGCAAAUUCAGGUCUUACGAAGGCUGAUGUCGUGGUAAACGCCACGGUCCAAGCUUCUGUUGUAAGUGUCGAAGACCAUGGUCUCAUAAUGGACCUUGGACUGGAAGAUAGCGACACGAAAGGCUUCAUCUCCUCCCGAGAACUGCCCACCGGGGUUGAUAUUUCAAAUGUCAAGGAGGGGUCAGUCUUUCUGUGCAUUGUCACCGGACACAAUGCCAGCGGGACUGUAGUGAAGCUCUCAGCAGACCUUGCCUCAGCUGCCUCUGUCAAAAAGGCACAUUUCUUAAAUACAGCACCAACUAUCAAUGCCUUCCUCCCGGGAACAGCAGCCGAGGUGCUCAUUACUGAAGUAACUCCACGCGGCAUGGCUGGAAAAAUUAUGGGAAUGCUGGAUACUGUCGUCGAUGUUAUCCAUUCCGGGUCAAGCGACGGGAAAAGGGAUCUCACGAACAAGUACCAUCCAGGCGCGAAAAUAAAAGGUCGCCUUAUUGCUACUUACCCAACCAGCGACCCCAUCAAGCUCGGUUUCUCGAUCCUUGACAGCGUCAUGAAAUUUUCUCCCACAGCCACCUUGACUAGCGGAGAUGACAAGGACACACCGGCAAUCUCUGAUAUAAUACCAGAGGUUAAAGUUACCUAUGUCGACAGUACACUUGGCUUGUACGUCCAGUUGGGAUCUACCAAACACCAAGGUUUCGUACAUCUUUCGAGGGUCGCAGAUGAACGAGUGGACUCUAUUUCUUCCUCCGAUGGUCCUUACAAGGUGGGCUCGACGCAUGAAGGCAGAAUUAUUGGCUUCAGCGCCAUGGACAACAUGUUCUUAGUGUCAUUGGAACCAAAAAUCAUCGACCAACCUUUUCUUCGCCUUGAGGAUGUAACAGUCGGCAGUGUCGUGAAGGGAAAGAUUGAAAAACUUCUCAUUGGAGAAAACGGUAUCGACGGGCUGAUAGUCUCUCUCACGGAUACCAUAUCCGGUCUUGUUCCCGGAAUGCACAUGGCGGAUACCAAGCUACAGCAUCCAGAAAAGAAAUUCAGGGAAGGCCUCAAGGUUUCCGUGCGAGUUUUAUCAGUUGAUCUCCUAAAGCAUCAACUUAGAUUAACCAUGAAGAAAUCCCUACUGAACAGUGACUCCGCGCCGUGGAAAGACUACGAAAACAUCUCGGCUGGAGACCAGUCUCCAGGAACCCUGGUUAAAAUCCAGAAUAACGGUGCUGUCGUUCAGUUUUAUGGCACCAUCAGGGGUUUCCUCCCAGUUUCGGAAAUGAGUGAAGCAUAUAUUACAGAUCCUUCGCAACAUUUCACGGUUGGCCAGGUUGUCAACGUUCACACACUCAGCGUAGAUGCCGAGCAUGGAAAAUUAGUCGUUUCUUGCAAAGAUCCCGCGACCGCAACUGAAGACUAUCAGUCGGCAUUCGAGAAAGUUCAGCCCGGUCUUGUUGUUUCUGGAACAGUCUUUGAAAAGUCAAGUGAUGAUUUACUUAUCAAACUCCAGGACUCAGGCUUAGUUGCAAGGUUGAACUCUGAGCAUAUUUCCGACGGCUCAGCAUCGAAACGGGCAUCAGCUUUGAACCGUAUCAGAGUCGGCCAGAAGAUGGCGGGCCUUCUAGUUUUCAGAGUCAAGAAGACCCACCGCCUUAUUCAAGUCACGAACAAGGCUACCUUGAAGGAGGCUUCUGCGGAGGGGAAGCUGCCUGCCAAGUUUGACGAUGUCAAGCAUGGCUUGAAAGUAACGGGACUAGUCAAGAACAUUACCCCGGACGGAAUAUUUGUAGAGUUCUUGGACAACCUCACUGGUCUGAUACCGAAACGUUUGGUUGACGAUGAUCAUAUUUCUCGGCCGGAUUUUGGAUACACUCGAUCUCAAGUUAUUUCCGCCACAGUUUGCGCCGUCCAAGAAGACUCGGAACGAUUUCUUCUUAGCCUGAAACCUGUUGGAAAAGACAAGCAGACGUCCGACACAAGCUCAGCACCGGAGAAGAAGACGAUAGUGACGACCUUGACGAACCCUGUUGAUGAAGAAUUGAAAUCUAUUGAGGAUAUUUCAUUUGGGAAAAUCACGAAAGCUAAGAUUACCUCUAUCAAAGACACACAGCUGAACGUUGUUUUAGCUGACAAUGUUCAAGGACGUAUCGAUGUAUCCGAAGUCUUCGACGGAUGGGAGGAUAUCAAAGAUCGAAAACAACCACUACGAUUUUUCCACUCCAAACAAAUUCUCCCCGUUAGAGUGCUUGGAGUUCAUGACGCUAGGAAUCACAGAUUUCUCCCCAUCAGUCAUCGAGCUGGUAAAGUUUCGGUGUAUGAGCUGUCCGCAAAAUCAAGUUGUCUUGAGGCAUCAGAUUUCGAGCCUCUUCGGUUGGAAACUCUUAAAAUCGGUGAUAUUCAUGUCGGAUAUGUCAACAACAUCGCUGAAGAUUGUUUAUGGCUAAAUAUCUCACCGAAUGUGCGAGGAAGACUGCGUAUUACCGAUAUCUCUGAUAACUUGUCCGUCACAGGCAACAUUCAGAAGAAUUUCCCUGUCGGGUCAGCGAUCAAAGUAGCAGUUACUGGAAUUGAUGCUGAUAAAAACCGACUCGAUUUGUCCGCUAGAAUUGGAGACGCCGCCAAAAAGUUAACUGUAGCGGAUCUAUCCAAGGGCAUGAUCUUGCUGGGCAGAGUGACGAAAGUAACUGACCGUCAAGUUUUGGUCCAAGUAAACGACAAUGUUGUUGGCGUCGUUUCUCUGAUAGAUAUGGCCGACGACUAUACGAAAGUAGACCCAACCGCCUUCCACAAAAAUGAGGCACUCCGUGUCUGCGUCGUCGAUGUCGAUAUCCCCAACAAAAAGAUCUCGUUCUCAGUGCGACCGUCAAAAGUUCUCAGCUCCUCUUUGCCUGUUGAAGAUCCCGAGAUCACUUCCAUCGACCAGUUGAGUGUUGGUCAGAUCGUUCGCGGAUUUAUUCGAAGGGUAGACAAUAUCGGUGUCUUUGUGACUCUAGGGCAUAGCGUGUCAGCCUAUAUCCGAGUUUCAGGCCUUUCAGACUCCUUUUUGAAAGAAUGGAAGGACGAAUUCCAAGUCGACCAACUUGUUCAAGGAAGGCUUACUGUCGUGGACAAGGAAAAUAACAAGAUCCAGAUGACUCUGAAGAAGUCAGCCCUUGACCCCAACUAUAAACCUCCGUUCACUCUUAAAGACCUGAAGCCAGGCCAGAUAGUGACUGGUAAAGUUCGAAAGGUUGAGGAAUACGGGGCCUUCAUUGCUAUUGACGGUAGCGCGAACCUCAGUGGUCUGUGCCAUAGAUCCGAGAUGGCAGAGAAGAGGGUCGAAGAUGCCACACAGUUGUACGAAAAGGAUGACAUCGUGAAAGCGAAGGUCCUUAAGGUUAACUUGGACAAAGGUCAAAUUGCAUUGGGUCUGAAGGCAUCCUACUUCAAGGAUAUACUUGCAGAGGCAGAAAACGACGGAAGUGACGACGAGGCUGGCGGUAUUGACCUUGACGUCAGGUCUGACGAUGACUCCGAUGAGGAUAUGUCAAUGGGAGGAGUGGAUAUCGACGACGAGGAAGAUGAAGACGAAGAGGAAGAAAGUGAUGACGAUGACGUUGAAAUGAAGGAUGUAGCUGAUGAUGCCAAGGAGGGAGGUCUUGUUACCUCCGGUUUCGACUGGACUGGUGAUGGAGAUAAAGAGGACAAUGAACUCCCUGCCGGCUCUGGGGAGGACGAUGGCGCGACGAAACGGAAGAAGCGUCGGAAGGCUGAGAUCCAAGUAGACAGGACUGGUGAUUUGGAUGCAAAUGGCCCACAGACAGUUGCUGAUUACGAACGACUUCUUCUUGGAGAACCGGAUUCCAGUCUGCUGUGGCUGAAGUAUAUGGCCUUCCAACUGGAAUUGGGCGAAGUGGACAAAGCAAGGGAAAUUGGUGAACGUGCUCUGCGGACGAUGAGUAUCGGUCAGGACGAAGAGAAGCUCAAUGUCUGGGUUGCUCAGCUCAAUUUGGAAAACACCUUCGGCAACGAUGACAGCCUUGAAGAUGUCUUUAAACGUGCCUGCGAAUAUAACGAUGCGCACGAAAUCUACGACAGGAUGACGAGCAUAUUCAUUCAAUCCGGUAAAACGGAGAAAGCGGAUGAAUUGUUCCAAACCGCCUUGAAGAAGAAGGUCUCCUCUACGCCAGAUUUCUUCCUGAAUUACGCCAAUUUCCUCUUCGAUACCCUUGAUGCACCCCAGCGCGGACGCGACUUACUUCCCCGAGCGCUGCAAUCUCUCCCUUCUCAUACGCAUGUUGAACUUACAUCUAAAUUCGGCCAGCUGGAAUUCCGUUCCCCCAACGGAGAUGUUGAGCGUGGAAGAACAGUGUUUGAGGGACUCUUGUCCUCGUUCCCAAAGCGCAUUGAUUUAUGGAACGUGCUACUGGACUUGGAAAUCAAGGUCGGUGAUGCAGAGCAGGUAAGGCGGCUGUUUGAGCGCGUCCUUGGAAUCGGCCAUGGUGUUGUUGCGGCCGAUGGAAGUAAAUCGAGCUCGAAGAAGAAGCUAAAGGAAAAGCAAGCCAAAUUCCUUUUCAAAAAGUGGCUUGCUUUUGAAGAGAAGGUUGCCACUGAUGGGGAUUCGAAGAUGAUCGAUGAGGUUAAGGCUCGUGCUGCAGACUAUGUCAGGUCUAUCAAAGGAGAAGCUUGA